AUUCCAUAUGGGAGGCACGCUAGUUUUGAAGUUUACGUUGCCUUCCCAAAACAGCUACUUAAUAGAUGCUUUAUAAACCAAACGGCAGUGAAAUUUAUAGCUUGCAAAGAAGUAGAUACGAAGCUGUCAUUCAUGUAUUAGGAGGCGUUACUAUUCUUGUCGAAGAAAUCUGCCCUGGCUAACAACCUGGAGAGAAACUUAAGCCACCGUUAAGCUGCUAUGGAGUCUUACAUACAAUUUACAAACCAAAGCCAAGGAAGGGAUCGAAUUUUGAGGACCACCCAGUAUGCGUGCGCUCUUGCGAACUAUUUGCUUCGAAAUGAUCCCUCCAGGAAAGAACUCGUUGUGAAGCUGAAAAGUCUUGAAUCUACCGUGAGCUCAGGACGCAAACUGUUCCGACUAGGCAACACGGUGAACUCCCUGGACGCGGCCAAGAGAACACUGCUGCUAUCGGACCCCAUCCUCCGCUGCUGUCUCACCAUCUCCAACGUCAGCCGCGGCCUCUACUUCCUGUGCGACAACGUCCUGUGGGCGCGUAGCCUGGGCUUCGCCCGCCACAUCGACAAGGACCGCUGGCGCCUCAACGCCACGCGCUACUACUUCAUCUCCCUGGUGAUGAGCCUGACGCGCGACCUCUACGUCAUGGCGCAGCUGAUGGUCCAGCGGACACGUGACCGGCAGCACCAGCGGAAGCUCCACGAGCACCUCAACGAGAGCCCGGACGUGGCGUGCGUGGUGGUGCCGCAGCUGGACGCGCUGGUCUUCCUCCUCAUCGAGUGCCUCAAGAGCCACCCGGCCGUCGCCCUGGAUACGGCUAAGAAUGUUUGCGACCUCUUCAUUCCGCUGGACCGGCUGGGGGUCUGGCAGACCAACGCGGGCGUGGUGGGUUUCUGCGGACUCGUGUCUUCGCUGCUGGGCAUACUGUCUGUGCUCAAGCCCCACUUGAAGAUCAAGCCGUAGGGUGGUUAUAGGCAAGGAAGACGGUUCAGAGAUGUAUGGAAUGAAUGAUGAUGAUGAUGAUAAUAUAUAGUCCAACACUGAAAGCAUUCGGAUGAAAAUAGCCAUGUUUUGGGGGGGAGGCACUCCCCCUAUAGAUUUGUCACCUCUAGCCUUCUUAAGUAGAGCACACUACUCUGCACAGACGUACACAUGGCAGUUGAUUGAGGGCAAGUCGUGAGGCCUUGCAGAUAAUUAAAACUUCUUGAGCGGUGGAGGCGACAAAGGGCCAAGGAAUGAACAUGUACAGAUACUGAAUGGGGAAUAUGGAGUUCUACAGGUUGUGAAAGGGAAAAGUACUGUGAAACACUUGGCACAUUAUCACUUCACUGAACCAGAAAAGGGGUUCAGUCUGCCUUAAGCAGUAGCCUGCACACUGAGACGCACUGAAGACUUGUGCUUUCUGAAUACUUGAUGCACUUUUGAAAAAGAAGAGAACAACUUGCGUAGUGUGUUGGGUUCAGAGGGUGUUGUCGCUCUGUCUGACCGACACCUAUCUGUGUCACCUAGCUGUGUGUCCUUGAGGUACUAAAUCACUCAGUCUCAGUUGGAUUCUUGCAGAUGACCAAAUGUGAGGUGCUCCUGCCUAGACCAUGGCAUAUCUUUGUACACAUGUUUUCUAGUUUCUUAGAAGGCAAGGUUAACAGUGUUUCGUACAGACACAUACAGUAACAGGCUUGUUUUUGUACAGGCAUAGUGAUGAAUGGCUUCACCUCAGAAGGCCAACUCUUUCUGCUUCUAGUCUACCUCACUUUUCAGGUUAUUCAACACGUUUACUAUUCACUAACAAGAUUCUUGUGUGUGAGAAGCUUCCGCUCAGCCUGCUUCCCCUUUUUAAAGUACAGUACAUCGUCAUACCGUAGGAAUUUGAAUGGGACUGAGAUCUCUUUUGAGCCGCAGUUGGUGGAUGUUUUGGUGAAUGAAACCUAAUCAUGAUGGGUGCUUAAAAAAGGAACUGAAUUCCUAAUAGGAAAUGACAUUUUUAAAUGUAGUUAUACAUUUGCAGAUACCCACAGAGCCUUACAUUGAGGUUGGAGAGAUUGUUUCUAAAAGCUAAUUGUUUAUUUAAAAAUAUAUGUGUUAUCCGUUAAAUAAAUUCUUUUCUCACUGAUGAAUA